AUGUUUAAAACAAAUUCAGGUGAUGAUUUGACACGUAGAAGCAAAAGAAUUCCCUAUGAUUAUGAUCCAUUUCGUCUGGUAAAACCCAUGCAUUAUACAUCAAGAUAUCCUGCACCAUUUAAAUUGUCUGUUUCUACUAAUGUUAUGCUCAUGAUGGACUUUCAUGCUCAUUUGGCCCAUACUGAAAUCAUUGGUUUGCUUGGAGGUCAUUUCCAUUCUGAUAGUCAACUAAUGGAAAUUACUUAUGUAUAUCCUUGUAAAAGUUUAAGUACUGGUUUUCAGUGUGAAAUGGAUCCUGAGUCUGAGGUUGCUGCAAGAGAGGUUUUUUCUGAAAAGUGCUUGGAAUUUGUUGGUUGGUAUCACUCUCAUCCAACUUUUGAACCUCAGCCUUCAAUUCGUGACAUUGAAAAUCAAUCCCAGUAUCAGGAAAUGUGGAAACGUGAUGAUGGUUUGGAACCAUUUAUCGGAGUGAUUGUAACCCCAUACGAUGCAGAGAAUGUUUCUAAUAUUUCAAAAUUUAAAUUUUGGAUGAGCGGUACCAAAUAUGAUGUUUCAGGCGAAUAUAGAACACCUUAUGAGUGCGAACAUUUAGUAUCACGAUCUGAAUCUUUUCCUGAAGAUAUGUUUUCUCAAUUAUCCGAAUUGAUUAGGGAAUAUCAUAACUAUGAUCAACGAGUUGAUAUGGCACAAAAGUACCGAAAUAAUGACAAUUUUUUGAGACUUGAUAAGAUGAUGGAAUCAUUAUCAUCUCAUCUAACAUCUCAAAUCGCUGAUUCAUUGAUUUCACGUUUACGAGAACUUGUUAAUGACAAUUUUAUUAGUCAAGAAGUUUCAGAAGUAGUCAAUAAUAAUACUAAUACAAAUGUUGAAGAACCAUAA